AUGGGCCUUAUAUUAGUUAUUGGCAGUGUUGUCAGCCUUAGCAACAAGUACUGGGAUUGUGCUGUCUUAAACAUCUACUACACAAACGCAUGGCUCUGUCUUGGUAUUGGAAUUGUUCAGGUUCUUCUCGGAUUGGUACUCAGUCUUUUUGUCUACCUACAACCCAAGUGCGAUAAGAAGGAUAAUCUUAUUUUGGUUGGUCCGGAAGGCAAUCAAGUGGGUGAGAUCGUCAAGGAUCAUGUGCAAAGCACCAAGAGUAGGCGCUGGACACUGCAAAGUUCACCAAAGCAGCAGAAAUUGUGCAAUCGUUGUCGUUCCAAUAGCUCACGGUGUCGGUGUUGUUUGUGUUGCUGUGGCAACGACAAGAACGACCAAUCCGCUUUCAGCAAUACUGCCCUAUGGUUUCGCCCAUCGGCCAUAAUCUUUCUUUUCAUACUUGCCGGUCAUAUAGCUGCUAUAUCACUGACGGCUUCACUAAUUAGCCAAGCACAAAGUACACACGCGGGUCUCAGUCCUGAGGUGCAAAACAUAUUCAUAGAAGCCAAAUCCGUUUUCAUCUGGAACAAAACGUCAAUCGCCACUUCCGCUGCGGCUAAAUGCUGGGAACGCCUAGAGUCUCAAGGUCGUUGCUGUGGUGUUGAUGGACCUGAAGAUUGGCUCUUGGAAGAUUCCACAGAUAUUAAUAGACAAAAUAACCAACUUGAUUGGAUGAAACAGCAGUGUUCAUGCAGCCAGACUGAAACGGGGAUAUGUGAAACAUUGUCAUUCAAUACUUCUUCAGGCAAACUCCAAAGCAUCACAAUAUACUCAAGGGGUUGUCGAGGUGUUAUAGUUAGUGAAGUGCUCUACGAUCUUAUAGUUCUCAGGGUCCUGGUUCCGCUAUCCUUCAGCAUCAUUCUUUUUACCUGCAUUCUUUGUGUAUGCGUGACGCUUCGUGUGGCUCAUCUGGAAAUGGGUAAUGAAACUAAUCGGCCGUCGAACCAGAUCAUUGAAAAUGACAACGGUGGGUAUAGAGGAACCAAUUCCCUUCCACGAUCAUUCAUGUCUGCUCCACCUAAUCCGGUUCAUGCACCGAGUCCGUUGUCUAAUGUCACUGGUAUAGCUCUGCGCUCCUUAAGUCUGGACAACGUAACGUAUCAGGACGCGUCUUCAUUGAAAUCCAUUUGA